AUGAACUCUUCGGUUCAGCACUCCGAACCCCGAAAGGGGUUCUUUCAUAACUACCGAGUGUACCUCUUAGCAACGGUGUCUUACAUGGGAUCACUCCUAUUCGGCUACGACGUCGGUGUCAUGGGCGGCCUCCUCCCCUUCGAGAGCUUCAAGAAAGACUUCGGCCUCCCAGCCGGAUCAUCAGGCUUUGCAGAUGAGAAAGUCGCCCAAGUCUCCUCCAACGUCGUGUCACUCUUGACAGCCGGAUGCUUCUUCGGCGCCAUCUCCGCGGCCUUCGCGAACGAGCGGUACGGUCGGCGAUUCUCCCUCAUGGCAUACUCCGUCGUCUUCCUCCUAGGCGCGUCGUUGCAGGUCGGCACACCCAAGAGCUUGUCAUAUGUCUACGCCGGGAGGGUCAUCGCCGGCCUGGGCGUUGGCGGGAUGAGUUCCAUCACGCCGGUCUUCGUCGCGGAGACCGCGCCUCCGGAAGUCAGGGGCCGGAUCACGGGGCUCUUCCAGGAGUUCUUGGUCUUGGGAAGCAGCAUCGCGUACUGGCUCAACUACGGGGUAGAGAGGAACAUGGCGUCGUCGACCAAGCAGUGGAGGAUCUCGUUGGGCGUCCAGCUGAUACCUGCAGGGCUCUUGCUGAUCGGCUUGAUACCCCUCAAGGAGUCGCCGCGGUGGCUAGCCAAACACGGUCGUCACGAGCAAGCCCUCUCCUCCCUCGCCUACAUGCGCAACCAGCCGCCCGACUCUCCCGAGGUCGCAACCGAGUUCGGCGAGAUCACGGCAUCAUGCGCCGUCGAAGCAGAGACGGCUCGUCAGUCGACGUGGAGGGAGUGUCUCAAGCCCGGCAUCCGCAACCGCUUCGCGCUCAUCUUCGCCCUGAUGGUGUGGCAACAGCUGACGGGGACCAACAGCAUCGGAUACUACGCCCCGCAGAUCUUCCAGACGGUCGGUCUCUCCAGCGCGGACGCGUCGUUGUUCGCGACGGGCAUCUACGGGAUCGUGAAGUUGAUCUUCACUGCCGUUUCGCUGCUUUUCGUCAUCGACAAGAUCGGGAGGCGGUGGGCUCAUACCAUCGGUGGUUUGUGGAUGUCGGCCAUGAUGUUCAUCCUCGCGGCCGUUCUCGCAACCCACCCGCCCGAGGCCGGCAAGGCCGUGUCCUCUGCGUCCAUCGCCAUGUGCGUCCUCAUCUACCUCUAUGUGAUUGCCUACACGGGGUCAUGGGGUCCUGGACCCUGGAUCUACGCCGGAGAAAUCUUCCCCACGCAUCUGAGGUCGUACGGAGUCGCGUUCGCCGCCGCGACGCAGUGGUUGUUCAACUUCAUCGUCACCCGAGUCACGCCGCAGAUCAUCUACGGCAUAGGCUGGAAGACGUUCAUCAUCUUCGCCGUCUUCUGCCUCGCCAUGAGCAUCUUCAGCUUCUUCUUGAUGAAGGAGACGAAGGGACUCAGUCUCGAGCAGACCGAUUUGCUGUUCGGGGUCGCAGAGCGUCAAGAGGAUAAGCUGGAGGGCGGGGAGGAGCACGUUGUCCAUGGCAUCGAGAUCCCGGAGCGCACGGGUGGCGAGACUGGCUUGGAGGUGAAGAAAUCUCACUGA